GUCCAACUACCAAAAUCCUUCCAAGUUGCUUUCCCUAUUCCGAGAUUUGGAUAUUGUUCCGCGAUACUACGCUACAGACUCCAUUAAGAAGAAAAGCCUUCGGGGGGAGAGGGGCGAACCGAAUCUCUUAAGUGACACAAAUAAAGAAGAAGACGAAGGAAAAAAGAAAAAGGGGGUCAUAAGGUUUGCCAUGGAGCAAAGCAACUCGCUCUCCUGGCCGGAUAUCGCCGCCUCUGGUGAAGAUGAGUUCUCUAACUUCCUCGAAUUUGGAAUGCAAUUCCCCGACCUAGAGGGGCACGGGCCAUCCGAUCAGCACCCUGCUCGCUCUAUCGCUCAUUCCGUAUCGAUGCCUGCCUCAACCGCUCCUUCGGGUCAGGAACAGCUUGUUCGUAUGGACGCCGAACCGGUGACCCCUCAGGCAUCGUCAUAUGACCGCAUAAUGGGCGACUUCCCAAUCGAACUCUCCAGUCAAGUCCACCAAGGUCAAUCGCAUGGCUCCAUGUCGGCCUCCUUCUCCAAUGCCCCUAUGACUCCGGCGUUCUAUGCCCAAAAACCUCCACAUCCCCAGGACUUCAGCCACCACCAGCUGCAGCAACCGCAGGAGCAACCGCACCACCAGCAUGUUCACCAUUCACAACAAACAUCCCAACCUUAUGUGCCUCAUGGCCAGCCUUUGAUCCCUCCGACCCCCAAUAGUGUUGAACUGCAGGGGAGCGCGGCCACAUAUUUGCAACGCGUGAACGAGAAUCAUGAGAUGUACGACCGAUAUGCGCGCAUAAACGAGGAACAGGCUCUCUAUACCCCUUUGGUGUCUCCCGCCAUGACGCCAUUGGAGACUCAAUUUCAGCUUCCAGAGUACACCAUUCCAGGGGAGUACUUUACCCCUCUAACCUCUCCAGCUCUCGAGGCCCAGAAUGGAAAUUCAGCCAGCUAUCCUUUUCACUCCGGCCAUGUCUCUGACAUGGGCUUCGUGCAUUCCCCCGUCGACAAUUCCAUUCCCGCCUCGUCGUCUCCAAGUUCGCCAGGCUUGAUCCGGAAACAUCACCGGCGUCGACUAUCAAACACCAAGACCUUUUCCGCCAGGGCGAAGAAGCAACAAUCUCCUUCGGUGCGGCCUCAAACGCGGAAGAAAUCACUCCUGCAUAUCAACUCGGACGAGGUUUUAAACGGCCUCAACCAACACCAAGGCGGCCCAAGAUCACAACUGGCAACUGGUAGCGGGCUGCGAUAUGGAAGCAAUGAAAGUUCUGGCCAGGAUUCCGUCUCGCCAGAACCACUGUCAGAACCACUAAUGCCUCCCCCUGCUCUCCCUCCAGCACGGAGGUCUCCCGCGAUUGCUCCUCAGACAGCGCAGUCACAAACCAACGAGCCUGCGACCCCGGCUAUGCUGAUGCGCAUUCAGCGGCCGCAGCAUAGUCCAGCUACAAUUGGUCAAGCACCAGGCUCUGUGUUGUCCGAGUCACACGAUGAUAUCAUGGAGGACGUCGUUCUUCCGGAAGCAGCUACUCCUACUACUCACUUCUCCCAACCGCAAGUGGUCCGCAUAGAUACCUCUCUUCGAAGUGUUCGUGCAGAUGCAGCAUCCCCAGCCGCGUCGGCCAAUGUAACUCCCGCUUUGGAACCUAAAUCGGCUCCAGAAAGAAACCCAUGUUCAGUAGCUCCUAGUCCGCGCACUGUCGCUGUGCCAUCUCCAAGCGGGCCGGUGGGCAAGAAAUCAGACACCCCAAAACUUGGGCCAGUGAGCAGAAAGCGACAAAGCCUUAGCUCCUCCCAACCCAGCCCAAAUCUACGCCCGAAAAUAAGUCCCAGCAUACAACCAUUGGUCCGAGGAGAAGGCUUAUCAGGUGAGACAUCAGCUCUGUACCUAGCCUCCAAAUCGAAUUAUCAACAUAUCUUGGAUGGCACCCUUCUCCCCGGCGUCUCCUAUCCGGAAACGUUAGCUGAAAAUUUGAGUUCUAAACGGACCAAUCACAAAUUGGCGGAGCAGGGUCGGCGCAAUCGCAUUAAUAAUGCGCUUAAAGAAAUCGAAGCUCUAAUUCCUGCUGGGUUUGUCAACAUGAAGAAUGUGAAGGACGCUACCGCACCUUGCAAUUCGAAAGGCAGCGAAAAGGAGAAAGAGAAAUCGAGCAAUCAACAGAUUAGCAAGGCUAGUACCGUGGAGAUGGCCAUCGAUUAUAUCAAGGCAUUGAAGAAGGAACUCGAAGAGACUAGGGGCAAGUUACAGGAUGCUGAGGCUCGGCUAGGUGAGAAUGGGACUCCUGAAACCAACGAUGGCGAUUCAAUUGAACCAGGAAAUGGGCAACUGGAAGAGCCUGAUGCGGUUAAGGCCGUGCCUGGGACAAAGGCUCCUGUAUAGUCUUACGAUUGGGACAUCGUAGUGGUUUCGACCGAAUGCUCUCUUGCCUAGGAAUACCAGUGACCCAGUUUUAUGUGACAUGUUUUACGACGGCAGCACUCCGGCGACUAUUAGUCCGUGAUCAGAAAAACAGAGUUGGAAAGGAUUUACCGGUGUAUA